AACGACGUCUACUAAACCCAAGCGCUACUAGCCUACUACCAAACGAGCGAUAUAGCACCGAUACUAGCAUCAAAACCAGUGAUCCUGAUCCGGGCCAGUCUGAUGGCCUGUGGAAUGUGCCGCCUUAAUGGCUCUUAAUCGUCGCAAGCUUGGCGGGUUCACAGCUAUGGGGUUGUAGCUAACCAAAUCUGCCCUCAAUGAUUCGUCACAAGCGAUCAUUAAGUAGAAGCGCUGCUGCACAGGGACAAUCCUUGUCGCUCUGGGCCGAUUACCAUUCGUAAGCGGUUAAACAGCCGUACAUUAGCCUAUAUAAGCUGUGGUGAGCUCAUCCAUCUCCACGCCAACUCUCUCUCCUUCCUUCGUUUCGACCUCUCCCAGGUCUGAGACAGAACAAUGAAGUACAACAAAAGCUUCACGGCCAUUGUAGCCGCCGCCCUGGUUCCAGGUUCGCUCGCUCAGACAUGGUGCGGAAAAAACUAUAUGGCAAAUCAGUCUGUGGUGCCCCCUGGCGGACAGUUUGUUUUGCCCGCCCAAAGUGUUGAACCCCUUCUGUCCUUCCGUUGUGCUCCUGUCUUCCGCCCAUACCUCGAGGAGGAUGCAAAGAGCGCAGCAUUUGUAGUUGAUACACCCAUUGUUUACGACUGGAUCGCCGGUGCUCAGUCCAUCACACUUCCCUCCAACUCCAGCUCUUCUAGCGCCUCUACUGGCCUAGGAAGCCUCAGUGUCACCAUCAAAGUGGGCUCCGUCCAUACCACCGCAAACGUCCCUCUGAACGCUACCGGCGUUCAAAUUCCCGUAGAUAUCAGCAAGCUUGAGGCUCAGAAGACUGCAUACAACGUCAGCUGCUCCGCUACAUACUCUGCCCCUUCGUCUUCGACAAAAUUCAAGACUAGCGCAUCCCUUUUGUAUCUCCCUGACACAACUACAUCCGUCACGAAGACUGACUUGCGCACUGGUGCACUUUGGGUGAGGCCUGCAAAUGGCACGGGUGGAGCAUUUGCGCCCUUCAUCCCUCAAGGAUUCUACAUAAAUUUUGACACGUAUCUGGCCAAAAAUUUGACCAUGAUCGAUCAGCUCAAAGCCGAUGGGUUCCUUCACCCAAUUCCUCCUUAUGACAACCUUACUAUUUCCAACAAUGCUGGCAUGUACAUCGUUUAUGAUAUGCGAUCGAACUACCAAAACUUGACCGCUGUCGCUCAACAAGUAAACACUUACGCUUCAAUUCCCAACCUAUUGAACUGGGAGACCGCGCACGAACCCGAUGGCAACUCUGACCCUCAAACUGCGGCGCGGGCGACAUACGACUUAAUAUACCAGAUGGACGGUUAUCACCCCAUCUCUAUUGUUCUGAAUUGCGAAGACUACAACUUCUCUCCUUACGUCACGGGCGCCGAUAUCGUUCUGGAGGAUGCUUACCCUAUCGGAAUUAACGCCACAUUCUCUCCUGUGUGGCACACCGAAUGCACACCGGACUUCGGUCACUGUGGUUGCGACAACUGCUCAGGCAACCUAUCCGAUAUCAAGACGCGUAUCCAGACCUACAAAGACAGACUCAACAUCUUGGGCUUUGACCGCACGAAGUCCGUUUGGACCACGCCCCAGGCCUUUGGCAGUGGCGCAUACUGGAACACCACUCCCACCGGGCAGCAAUGGGCAGCUAUGGAUUUCACUUCUUUCAGCCAUGGUGCUCUAGGUUCCAAGUCCUUCCAAUACCCGACUACAACCGGCAAUGUCGAGACAAUCGAAGGGACGGCAGGUAACCUCACUGUUCUCAUCAAAAACUUUGUUCAGCCCUUCAUGGUCGACCCGAACGCCACAUUUGUCAGCUAUGACUACCAAGGCGUGGAUGCGGGUGUCUGGCACAACGGCACUGCAUACUUGCUCCUCGUUUCCAACCUGGUCAAUGCGUCAGUCUACGUACCAUGGACGGCAAUUGGAUUGCCAGCUUCGACCACCAACGCAACGACGCAGGUACAGCGCAUAUUCUCCGUCUCGCAGAACACCAACCUCACUGGUCUGAACUUCCGACCUGGAGGCAUUGGUAUUUACACUGCGACGCCUUGAAAUGGUUAUAGAGUGAGGACUAAGGAAGUUGGAAAUCAAUGAUCCUAAUGACAUUCUAAUAUUGGCUUAUUCUUUCGAUUUUAGAUUACUGUUCAUGAUAAAUAUAUAACGACCAAUGUAUAUACGUCUACAAUUUUCAUGACAUUUUGUGGGGGCUUCCUCUGAAUGCACGAAGACGGAACUUGCCGCUAUUUGAGUUGAAUACCCGGGGAUGCCCGCUACAAUACAAACUAGUGAU